AUGGGCCAAGCACAAGCACGAAACGACAACCGUUCAGCUCUGCACGCCCUCACUGCAACUCUUCGUCACCGACAAGACUUACUACUUUAUGACAUUGAGAAUGCGGUUAAUGACUUCCAACAUGAACUUUCCACCUUGCGAACUAACGCAUUCGCGCCUCUACGGACAGCAUUCAUCGGACAGCUUAUGGACAAUACUUACCGAGCUGCGAACAUGGAACAUGGUGGGGGAAGUGACCAACGCCGGAAAAAACUAGUCACGAGUAGAUUUGGCUCUCAAGAUCUCUUCAUCACCCACAAACGCAUGGUCAGCGAAGCCUUUAGAGAUUUGUCCAUCAAUGUGGAAGCCGCUAUUAGGAACGCCGUAACCCGGCGGACUGCUCUGAUUGAUGCCGACCUGCAGCUCCUCCAGGAUGAGAACGUGGUAUUGGAAAGUGAGAAGAACCCCGUCUUCAGACGAAAGCUAGUAGAAGAGGUCGAACGAGCGAAGGCAGAGCUUGAGCAGAUGAGCAGCAGGUUGAGUUGA